GCUCGCCCCGCCCCGCGCUCCGAGUCCCGCGGAGCAGAUCACUUCGUUACGCAGUGAGUCGGAGACGACGUCGGCGUCAAAACAGGAAAAGUGUUGCUGUAAAUACUGACAUUUAACCGCCGAACCCGUCUCGUGGAUCUAUCUCGGUCCUGUUCCGGUGUCGGCCUGAGAAAGAAGAAGUGAAACAAGUGAUUUCAGCCCGCCUGGACCUGCCUCGAGCCUUUUACCACUUUAACGUCAACAGGAGGUUCACUUCCUGGCUCCCCUCCCUUUUCUCCCCUCCCUGUUCCCCCGGUGGGUGGAGAUAAGUAUGGGGUAAGAGAGCUGAGCAGACACACCGAGACAGCACAAGGGGAAGAGACCCUCUCACCUGCUCAGGAGCUGACGGGUGCAGAGACAUGGCGCUGCUGCGGAGUAAGCUGAAGCUAAUGGUGACGGUGAUGACGAUCAACCUCUUCAUCGUCAUCCUCAUCUUCCGGCAGAGCGGUCAAGACAAGAAUGGCAGUGACAAGGUCCGGGUCCCCUCCAAGCCCUUCUGGACCAAACUGACCCCCGUGUCAGCGUACUGGAACCUGCAGCAGCAGAUUCUGGACAUUCAGAAUAAUCCCAUCCUCUUGUCUAACUACAGCGCAGCCGAGGUGCCUGAUUGGCUUAUUGCUGCCAAUUUGACCUCUGACCCCUGCAAACCUAACGUCAGGGUUACAACUCAGGUGAAGGACUACAACUCCCUUCCGGACCGCUUCAAGGACUUCCUGCUUUACAUGCACUGCCGUUCCUACCCCAUCGUGGUGGAUCAGCCCGAUAUAUGUAAAACGCCUCCGUUCCUGCUCCUCGCCGUCAAAUCCCAGGUGUCGCACUUCGACCGGCGCCAGGCCAUCCGUCAGUCGUGGGGACGCGCAGGCGUCCUAGCCAACCGCACGGUGGUCACCAUCUUCCUCCUGGGCCAAGCCACCGCCUGGGACCAUCACCCCGAUCUGUCCCACAGCCUGCACGAGGAGAGCCUGCGCCACAGGGACAUCAUCCAGUGGGACUACCGGGACUCCUUCUUCAAUUUGACUGUGAAGGAAGUCCUGUUCCUGGAGUGGAUUCACACUCGCUGCCCUGGCGCUCGCUUCAUUUUCAAAGGCGACGACGACGUCUUUGUCAACACCUACCGCAUCCUGGACUUCCUCAAGGGGCUCUCGGCGCCCAAAGCGAGAGACUUGUUUGUGGGCGACGUGAUCACCGAGGCGGGUCCGCACAGAGACAAGAAGGUGAAAUACUUCAUCCCAGAGAGCUUGUACGUAGGGAAGUACCCUCCAUACGCUGGAGGUGGCGGGUACCUCUACUCCGGUGACGUUGCCGCUCUGCUCCACCGUGUGUCACAAAAUGUAGUGCUGUACCCGAUCGAUGACGUCUACACGGGUAUGUGUCUAAGGAAGGGGGGGCUGGGCCCCGAGAAGAACAAAGGCUUCAGGACAUUUGACAUAGAGGAGAAGUACAGGUCCAACCCCUGCGCCUACAACAGCUUGAUGCUCGUUCACCCGAGGACCCCACAGGAGAUGAUAAAGAUCUGGGCUUGGCUCAGCAGCCCGGACCUGAACUGCUAACGGUCCCCCAGCAGAGCCUCCAGCCUCUGGGUGGGUCAGAACACAACAGUUGGCAGCUUUAUGUUAAGAUGUUAAUGUAAUGGUCACUUGCAGCAAAUUGUAGCACCUUGAGACGUGAUGGAGAAGCUGUUGUUGGUUCCAUCACCGUGUAUUUGGACAGUCGAUGACGCGACCCUGCUUUACUGUUGAACAAGCUUCACCCAAAGCUCCCACACAUUCGUGUGCGCACACGUAUUUAUGACACAUUAUUUAUAAGUCCUAUUUAAUGCUCUCACUGCAUGUCAGGAGUUUGUCUUCGUGCUGUAUUAAGUAAAUGGGAGGACUCGGGCCCGGUGUGACUGUAAGCAGGUCUAGAACCAGCGCAGGAGAACCAGCGGAGCUACGCGUUGAACACUUCACAGUCGUUGUUGCUGGAGACAGUUUUUGCUGCUAUUCCCAUUCACACUCCCCAAAGUAUUGUUCAAGUUAAAGUCCGUUCGUCUGCAGAGACACUUGGGUUUCGUUGUGUCUGUUUGAAUGAAUUCUUGGAGCUUUUACCUUUCUGUUUGGCCGCAGGUAUCAUUUUUUCUGUUACGCGUCUCUUUUUUUUAAGCAGUAGAUGCAGCAUGUGACGAUAAGAAAGCGUGGGGUGAAGGUGAAGCGAAGACGCCACCCUUUCAGGAAACAGCAGGAGUCCUGCUCUGCACAGCUCAGCAGGUCUGAGCUCGGUCUGACGGGGGGGGAAGUCUACAUGCUGCUCUUCCUUUACCCUCUUUGAGUGCAUUUUAACUUCCGUGUCUAAUAAGUGCUAGAACUCUCCUCGUGAGCGUCUGUGGGGCUUCAGUGCUGUUAAAUGUGGCUUUACAGUGGAUAAGACACACAUGCUUAAAAGCAGAAAAUGUGUUUGAGCUUUAGUUUGUUAUUAUAAAACUGUAUUUAAAGACUAUGAAAGAAAUGCUGCAUAAAUUCCCUGUGUUCAUUAAUAUUAAGAGGCUUUUUGUCUUUGUUAAGGUCUGAGAGAAAUUUUCAAAGAUGUGAUUUCCGUGAAUGUAUAUCCUGUUCCAGGACCAGUCCACUACGAAGCAUAGUUUAAGGUCCAGCAGCUGGACUUUCCUCAGUAUUCUGACUUGGCUUAAUCUUUGCUGUCAAUACAGAAAGAAAUUGUAUAAAUGUGUUUUAUUCGCACCGCUUGUUACACUUUUGAAGCCAGAGACAGGAGCGUGGCUACUGCUCAGUUAGAGCUCCCCCUGCUGGUCAGGACGGUCUUUACACGCUCACACUGGCUCUGUAUAUUUUUACCUUCACUUGUCAGGUGUCUCUUAGGUUUCUGACGUAAUGUCUGCGUCUGAUAAAGCAAACACAGACUCAAGGACCGAAUGAACCUACUCAUCAUGUGUAAAACAUUCUAAAUUCUCACAUACCAAUAAUCCAUAAGCACAUUCUGUUUGUCAGUUUAUGGCUACUUGAAAGUUUUACACGUUAUUGAAAGUCAUUACCACAUAUUUUAACUGUUGCUUCUGUUAUCCAAGUGACACUUUCUCUCUUUGUCCUCAUCGUUUGUAAGUUUGAAAUAAAUCUCUGCCACUGCGCUAUAAUUAAUAAUUUAGCUGCUCAGGCUUCUGAGCGUCUGUGUGUCAGCUUGUACAGCUGAUGGUGUUUAAGGCACUAUAGUAACACUGGCUUAAUCACUGUAGCUUCAAGUACCUUAUAGUAACACACAGGACCUCGUUUUGCUCAGUAGAAGUCAAAAACAGGCAAAAUGGAUGGAUACAAGUCCAAAAAGCAACAAGAAUUGUUUUUGUGUCUACAUGGUUGCUUCUUUCUCUUGCUAACGUGUAUUUAAGGAUCCUGGUAUUAUCUAUUACCUGCACUAUAGUCAGCCCCACCUCUGUGCCUGAUGUUUGUACUGUAUGUUUAGGAAUCUCCUUCACCGCGUGAUGAAGCGAGAUGACGUUUUUAAUGACUUGAUCAUUUCAAUAAAAUUGUAUUUUUCUGUUUUCUA